AUGCGUUGGAUUCCAUCUCUGCUAGGAGCUAUAGCUCUCCUUCCCCUCUCUGGUGCCUCCACUUGUUGGCGUAACACCACCUGUUCCGGUCCUACCACCGCGGCCUUCCCAGGUUCUUGGGAGAAAAACAUCUUCGCGCCAUCCUCUAGAACUGUGAAUCCCGAGAAACUCUUCCUAAUAACCAAAACCGAUGUCACGCAUGAUUAUGCCCCGUACAAACUACAGGGGAAUGGAUCCUUGGUGGUGUACGACUUCGGAAGGGAAGUAGGUGGCAUUGUCACCGUGAAGUAUACUUCCACAGGUAGUGGAGCUCUGGGAUUGGCAUUUACCGAGGCCAAGGACUACAUUGGCGAAUGGUCGGACUCGUCCAACGGAGGCUUCAAGGGCCCCGAUGGUGCGCUGUAUGGAAACUUCACCGAAGCGGGCGAGCAUUCUUAUACGAUGCCCGACAAGUAUCUGCGUGGUGGAUUUCGGUACCUCACGCUCUUCCUGAUCACAGAUAACUCGACUGCGGUCCACAUCAAGGACGUGAGCCUGGAAAUUGGCUUCCAACCCACAUGGCCGAAUCUGAGAGCUUAUCAAGGAUAUUUCGAUUCGAACGACGACCUACUGAAUGCGAUCUGGUACAGCGGCGCUUACACGCUACAGACCAACGAGGUCCCUGUCAAUACUGGUCGCCAGAUUCCGACGGUGCCUCGCGGGUGGGCAAACAAUGCCACUCUGGGGCCUGGUGAUACUAUCAUUGUUGACGGUGCCAAGAGAGAUAGAGCUGUGUGGCCAGGCGAUAUGGGCAUUGCGGUACCAGCUGCCUUCGUUAGCAUCGGCAAUCUGGAGAGCGUCAAGAACGCAUUGCAAGUGAUGUACAACUAUCAGGCCUCGACUGGGGCGUUCGAUGAAUCAGGCCCUCCCCUUAGCCAGAAGAACUCGGACACAUACCACAUGUGGUCGAUGGUGGGGACGUAUAACUACAUCUUGUACACCAAUGACACCGACUUCCUUGAGACGAACUGGGCCGGCUACAAAAAAGCCAUGGAUUACAUCUACGGAGCCGAGCUUGCCACCUGGGCAGGCGACACCACCGGGUUGUCGGACACAUAUACCAGCCGGGCCCAGAAGCUGCGGGAGGCCAUCAACAAGUACUGCUGGGAUGACUCGUACGGAGCAUUCAAGGACAACGCAACCGAUACGACUCUUCACCCGCAGGACGCAAAUAGCAUGGCUCUGUUGUUCGGCGUCGUUGACUCCGAGCGCGCUGCUAGUAUCUCCGAGAAGUUGACCAAUAACUGGACACCCAUCGGUGCAGUGGCCCCUGAGCUGCCCGAGAACAUCUCGCCAUUUAUCUCAUCCUUCGAGAUCCAGGGUCACUUUACCGUGGGCCAGCCCGCCAGAGCUCUGGAGCUGAUUCGACGAAGCUGGGGCUGGUAUUACAACAACCCGAACGGCACCAGAAGUACCGUGAUUGAAGGGUAUCUCCAGAACGGCACCUUUGGCUACCGGUCAAGCCGUGGAUACUACUACGACACGGCAUAUGUCUCGCACGCACACGGCUGGUCGGCAGGACCAACGUCUGCCCUGACGAACUACAUCGUGGGUUUGACCGUCACCUCCCCGUUGGGGGCGACCUGGAAGCUCGCCCCGCAAUUCGGCGAUCUCAAAUCCGCCCAAGCUGGGUUCACGACUGCACUUGGCAAAUUCAAGGCAGCGUGGACGAAAAAGUCCGACAAGUAUACUCUGGAGUUCACCGUCCCCAAGGGAACGACAGGCAACUUGACCUUGCCAUACAUCAGCUCGAAGAAGCCAACGAUUACAAUCGACGGCAACAAGAUUACCAAGGGCGUCAGCUACGUCGACAAGACGGCAACGGUGGCAGUCGGCAGUGGGGGAAGCCACAAAGUGGUUCAUAAACAUACAAGACACCUACAUUGCACCAUGGCGACGCCAACCACACUCCAGGGCAUCGCAAUGCCCUGGCGUACCUGCAACCAAUGCAUCCGGCGACACUACCUCCUAUCGCGGGGGGCACGUCAACAGCCACGGCUCCAUCUCUCCACCACCACGCCAGCCCGCUCCCCCAACAGCACGCCGGCCAACCCCCUCCGUACCGCCCGCACCCACAACAUCAACGAGAAGGAUGUCACCAAAUAUCAGCGAUCGAUGAUCCUAUCCGCCAGCGGGAUUGCGGCGUGCGCGAUCGCGAUGUACGGAGUCAUCAAGCUCGACCUCUUCGGCCUCGACCAACACCAAGACCAAGACCAGCAGCAGGGGUCCGAGCCCCCGACCGCGCGCGAAGCCGCCGACUCCCUCUCGCCCAGCAGCAAGAAGACGCAGCUGGACGGUCCGAACGGGUUCCCCAGCAGCCCAUCGCUGAUUCGGCUACAGGGGCAAGACUCAGGCGCGGAACAGGUGUCGACGGGCACGAGCUCGGUGCCGUACUUCCCCGCGACGAUCCGGCUACCCAAGGUUCUGGAUGCGGCGACGAUGCCGCUGAGCGCGGGCGACGAGAUCGCGCUGUCGACGGCCGCCGAGAAGCCCGCGGACGAGGAGGAGUACCAGCUGCUGGGGCUGGGGAUCCGCACGGUGUCGUUCCUGAAGAUCCAGGUCUACGUUGUGGGCAUGUACGUGGCUAAAUCGGAUAUCUCGGAGCUGCAGCGGCGGCUGGUGCAGACGGCCGUGAACCCGCCUGCGGUGCAACCUUCGACCCCCUCUGAUGCGGCAGCCGGAGAAAGUGGCCGGGGAGUCAUCACGAACGCGGUGGGCGCCACAGCGGCGACGUCGCUGGUGUCGACGGAGCGCGACCGUCUGCGCCAGCUGCUGCUGGAUAGCAGCGAACAGGGGGAUGCGGUGUGGGACGCGAUCCUGCGCGAGGGCGGGCUGCGCACGGCGUUCCGCAUCGUGCCGGUGCGCAACACGGAUUUCACGCACAUGCGCGACGCCUUCGUGCGCGGCAUCUCCGCCCGCGCCCAGAAGUAUAACCCCCUCCGCGGCGAGUACGCGGACGAGGCCUUCGGCGCCGCCGUCAAGACCUUCAAGGCUCUGUUCGGCGGUGGCCAGACUAAGAACGUCCCCAAGGGUCACACCGUGCUGCUGGUGCGCAACGCCCGCGGCCAGCUCGAUGCCCUGUUCCAGACUGAGGCCGGGAAGCCCACGCGGUACAUGGGCCGGGUGGCGGACGAGCGCGUCAGCCGGCUCGUGUGGAUGAAUUAUCUGGCUGGGAAGAAUGUGUCGAGUGAGCCGGCGCGCGAGAGCGUCGUCGAUGGCAUCAUGGCGGUCGUGGAGCGGCCCGUUGGGACCGUUGUGCAGAAGGUGCUGUAGUUGACCUAGGUUUUUUAGGUGUAUUAUACGAAACUUCUUCUUGAAUCAAAUCACCCUAUCUCUCCUCUACGAACUCUACACCAGCAGCACAACAGAAAGGGCACUAAGUAAAACCUCAAGAGAAACCCGCAAUACAUUCAUUCAAAAUCC